AUAGCGCGUGUCUUGAUUGAACAAAUAGACGUAAAACUAAUUGUGUGAAGAAUUAAAAGGACGAACAUUCCGAGUCGUCGAGUCUUUCUGCGUGUCUGAAAACGGGCGGUGGUGAUACGUUAGAUACUCCAAGUGCUAAAAUCAGUGCAUCAUGAAAAUAUCAGUGCUUAUAAUAACUGUGCUGAUCGUACAGGUGUCAUCAACAUCAUUUUUCGAUUUAUUUCACGGGGCGGUGCAGACAGUUCAAUAUGGUUUUGGAAAACUAUUAACUGACGUAGUAACCGAUGUCAAAGAAACGGUUGAUUGCACGAUUUUGGCUGUACAACAAAUGCUUUCUUUAAGCGAAGAUGCAACUAGACGUUAUUAUGAAAAAUGUGGCAAUGGUAUGAACUCGACUUCAACAGAUGGAAAUACUACAAGCGUUAAUGAAGAACAUCUUGAAAAGGAAAUAGAUGACAAAAUUAACAAGACAGUGUCAAAGGUUCUUGAUGACUACAAACCUGAUGAAAAAAUUAUAGAGCUUGAAAAAUUACUGGUGAAAGAAUCUGAACAACUAGCUGAUGUUAAUGAUUUAUUAAAAAAAGAAAUAAAGAAACUUUCUGAAGAAGUUGGUAAAGAUUUCAAAAACGUCAAACAUAAUGAUACAGAUUCGUCUGUUGAGACAAUUCUACAUGAAAUUAAAGUAUUGGAAAAGAAAGAACUGAAUACUAGAAACGCUUCAGAAGCUAAAGAAAUUCAUCAUGUAAUGUCUAAGGUUUUAGACAAAAUAGACGCCAUUGAAGCAACAGAGGCAACAGAAAACGCUAAACUCGAUGAGAUUGUGGGAGAUUUACAAAACAAAUCUAAAGACGACAGCAUUGUUAUUUUAAAACAAGAAAUUAAAGAAUGGAAAGAAGAAGAGUCUCGAAAUAUAGGUGAACUAAAGAAAGAAGUACAGGAACAUGAAAAAAUUAUUGAUCGUCCAAAAAUAGAACCCGAAUGUAACCAUACUCAACCUGUGAUAUUAAACAUGGGUAUACCCAAAGAUCCCACUGCCAGAUCUAUAAUUUUACGAGAAAUAUCCAGUGAUAACAUUACUCAAGCUGAGGUUAAUGAUGGCAACAGUAAUUACAAAUCACUCGAUGGCAGCCAGUCCUCUAAUGAGACUAUUCAGGUGGUCGAACUGACAAAACGAGUAAAUCCAGAAACUGGGCCUUUAACUACAACCAACUCAAACAUGAACCAAACAGUCAUAAAUGGAAAUAAAACUAACGAAGCUGUUAAGAUGGAUAAUGUAUACUUUAGGUCGGAGUCCGUGGCAAAUAAAUCUUCAGAUAACAUGACUAACAAUGUCACCGUAAUACAAAGAACUAACGUUGCAUUAAAUUCAACUAGUCAAGAAUUUAGCAACAUUGGCCAUUCUAAUAAUACGGAAACAAUUAGUUCAAUUAAUUCGGGUACAACAUUCACUGAAAAAGUACAGCCCUUGGUCGUACCCUCAAACGAGACAAUAACAGCAGCAAACAUUGAAUCAAUUGUUAUGAAACCCCCAGAAAAUAAUUUAACCGAUAAACAUUUAACUUCUAUACCUGUCUUUCAUUAUAAAGGUCUUUUUGAAAACAAACCUAUGCAACCCGAGGAAUUCACUACAGCGCGUAAUGAAGAGAUGCCUACAGUUACUGUAAAAACAAAUGACACGGUGACUCCUGAUAUACCGACGACAGAUAGUAUACCAGUUACUGAAGCUGACUUUUUAACUACACCAGAAAAUAAAGAAAAUAUCACAGUUACUACAAAACCGAAUGACAAAGUGACUCCAAACAUAUCAAUCACAAGUAGUUCACCUGCUAAUGAAGACAAGCCUGGAUUUACUACAGAACCGUACAAUCCACUGACACCUAACACAGUAGUCACAGAUAGCGCAUCUGUAAGUGAAACCAGGAAACCUGAAGAACUAACUCCACCAAGUAAUCAAGACAAUCCUACAAUUACUACAGAACCUACAGCCCCCAGGAACUUACCAAUCACAGAUAGUUUACCUGUCAGGGAAUAUACUUCACUUGUAGAAGAAACUACAAUGGUUAACGAAGAUAAUCCUACAAUUGCUACAGAACCGGACGAUAAAGUGACUAUUAACUUGCCAAUGACAGAUAGUUUACCUGUUGGUGAAACUAUUGUAGUUGAAGAAUUGACUACAGCUAACAAUGAUGAAAACCCUGCAGUUAAUACAGAACCAAACGAAUCAGCGACUCCUAACCAAUCAAUGAUAGAAACUUCACCUACUUAUGAAAAUAUUCCUCUUGAAGAAUUGACAACAGUUGCUAAUGAAGACAAUCCUAUAGUUACUACAGAACCAUAUAAUGCAAGAACUCCUAACCAAUCAAUGUUAGAUAGUUCAACUACUAGUGAAAAUAUUCCCCUUGAAGAAAUAACUACAGCAGCUAAUGAAGGUACAGAACUGACCGAGACGGCGACUCCUGACGUAUCUACAACAGAUAGUACACCUACUAGUGAAACCAUUCCAUCUGACGUAUCCAGUGCUAUUCCCGAGGAUGCAGAAUCUAUGCCAACUACAACAAGUGUUAACGAUUCCACAGAUGUAACUCAGAACGACACUGAUAUUACAAAUACAACUGAAAAGGGAUCUACACCGUGUUGUAAAGAUUUUGAGCAAUCUUUAAAGAGUUCCAUAAAUGAAAAUACAACAAGUAGCAUGGAUGUUGUAAAUAGUCGACCUACCGAUACUCCAGAACUUGCGAUAGUUGCAACGACGCAGGCGGCAGGCACGACAUUGACCACACAAAUUCCAACUCUCAGAUCUGGACUCGUAGAUAAUAAAAACGCAUCGUUUGACUACGAUUCUUUCUUUCCAUCCCAAAGAAGCAAAGAGGUGCGUCAGCUUGCUAUAAAGGAAGCCCGUCAACUCAUGAAAGGGAGAAAACGCUCAGAGCGCAUAAUUAAUAAUAUCCUCAAUAGUAAAAGAAAAGGUACAUUUAGUCUAUUUAGUGGUGCCGUUCCUAUAAAGUCUGGUAAAUGAAAUUUUUAUUAUUUAUUUUUUUAGUUUUUAAUAUGUAUCGAAUGCGUAAUUGCAUGUAAAGGUUUACUCAUUACCUAUUGUGUAUGAGGCUCGAAGCCCCAAUGCGCUCGUUUACAAGUCCAAGAAGCCGAUCUUGUAUUUGCCGGUAUGACCUCAUCGGCAGCUGUUGUACGCGUCAUAACGCGCAAUAACAUAACUUAGUGUUACUUUAAUAGCGUCCUUAUAAGCCUCUAUCAUGACCAACAUGUAUUUAGUAAUAAAUUAUCGAUGGAAAAGAAAAGAAAAGACUAUAUAUAACGAUUUUAUUAACAAUAUAAAUAAGUACUUACAAACUUAUAUUUCUACAAUUGAGCUGCGCUACUCUACUGCGAGCAGUCAAUGUGUAUUAGGUAUAUAUCUUAUUUAUUAGGUUAGAUUACUUUUAUGGGGUACUAUACUAUGCACCAGUACUUUCUAUUCGUUUAUUGACAAUAAUAUUGUACAUAUAGCCGAAUAUUUAAACGCCAUAAAACAUGAUCAUUGUUGAUAAGACUCAGAUAAAACGCUUGACUAGGUACGUUUACUUGGAACAAUUAAAUUGAUGUUAAAUAUAUUUUAAUAGUCUUGUGUCUUAGUCUAGGACUAUGCAGCAUUUUAAUAUUCGACUAUAGCCUCGCAUUUUAUUAUACAUGUAGUGAAUUUACAAUUUACGAUAUUUAAUUAUAAUAUGACAUGACUAUGACCACUAUCAUACAUAAUCACGUUUGUCAUGAUUUUUGUUUCAUCUCAGUACAAUAAGCUUUUACUCUUAAUGUUUUAUAUUCGUUAUUUAUUUUUGUACACUCUUUUUUAAUUUUGGUAAUUUAUUUAUUGUGUAUUGUUCAUUUUCAAUUAAUAAAUAAUUUCAAUUCCUGUCCAAAAGUUUGGCACGGCCAUUGCUCAAACGCGUGCCUCAUAUAUAAUUACAUUAAUUUUAUUUACAGUGAUUCUACAUUAUAAUAUGUAACAUAAAACAAUAUUUUGAAAUAUUAUGUAAAUAAAAUACCAACAUAAUUAAGUGAUAUCAUUUUGAUUAAGCAAAUGUAGGAGUAUAACAUAAAGUAAUCAGUAGGUACCUACUUAGUUCGUAUUAGGUAUGUGUCAGUUCAUAAUCACUCGGCGUAUCAAUAAACAGUAGCAAAACUAAAGAAGGUACGGACUUUAAAAUUGAGCAAUUAUCUUCUUAAAGUAAAUCAUUAUGUUGUACUUAUUAUCAUAAGGAUAUUUUCCAUUACUCUGGUCUUGUAAAUCUUUACGAUAUUCAUCGAGUCUAUUAACUGAAUUUCGUUCUUUCAAAGCCAACAAUAAAUUGUUUUAUAAAUACGUUACUGUAUUUAAUAGGUUUCAAAUACUAUUUUUUCUUAUAAAUAAUAAAAUCGAUAUUCUUAUUUUAAAGUACAUGUUCUAUUCUACGACAAAUUAUAGUAAUGUUCUUAGAAAUAGAAGAGUCGGAAGAAUCUCUAGUCGAUAGUUUCAGCAUGAUUUUAAGACAGACUUACACUACGUCUAGUGCCUAUGAAUUCCUUAAAAUUACAUUCGAUUUCGAUGUCUACAUUAGCACUAAUGUUGACAAUUUGUAUGAAAAUCAGUUAUUAAAUUCCUAUAUGAAUAAGCGAGGUGUUAUAAGCAGACUUGUUGGUCUAUCGCUUUGGAUGAGCUUAGUUAAAGGUGCUAGCUACUAUAUUAUGUAUGCUAAUUUACUAAAUGACGUUUUUGAACACAGAUACAUUUAACAUGGUGGUGUUUCGUUCAUUAUCUUAUGUCUAUUCAUAGAGACUAGUGUAUCUUUAGAUGAUUUCGUGAAUCGCUUUGGAUUUUGAUACUGCGCUGCAAUAAGAUAACUACAGGAAACAAUUGCUACAAUUUAUUGUCACAUAAGACGUUGUAUGAGCAAAACAAUGCUCAAACUCUUGCGUGGGAGCUCAGAAUGAGUGUGAAACGAUGUUUAUACUAACAAUGAGUGCAAGAAUAGAUAAUAUGAAAAGAUAUGAAAGUUCUUAUGAUUAUCAUUACGUAAACUUUAUUAGAUAGAUAUAUUUACGUGUCGUGGAAUAGAACACGUUCCGGGUGGGACGGGUGUGCGUUGGGUCUUGAAAUACAACGGCGACGCAAUAAGAAUAAUGUCACACGGUGUUACUGCAACUUGUUUAUGAAAAUCGUUACAAACGUUCAAAUAAGUAGCCCUUGGGUCAUAAGGCCAGUACAAGGAUUAAGUUUUUUUAGAUUACACCCUAAACAGAUUUUCUCAAACAAAUCACUGCACCUUUGAAGACACCGUUGUUUGUAUAAUUAUUGAAUAACCAUACAAAUAGACAUGGCUACACAAGUAUGAUACCAAAGUUUUAAUAAAGAUUAAUGUAGGUAUUCCAGUCUCAGUUUUCUAACAUUGCAGAUAGAAACAUGUUCAGUCGUAAAUAUUGUAGCAGCAGUAUUUUUCUGUAAAUAAAAGUUGUUACUUUAGCGUCAUACUUGUGUAAACAUAAAUGUAGCCAAUAUUAUCAAGUUACGAGGGUGGUGGACACCGCACAAGCGACGAGGUCGCGUAUUGGUUGAAGUGCUUGUCUAUGGGCACUCGGUCGUCGUACAACGUGGGCGCUUGCAGGAUGAUACCAGCGGUGCCCACUAGCACAGCCAGCGUGAAGAUCCACAAGAAUAAACGGUCCAGCACCAUCGCUACGUAUUUCCAAUCUUCUUUAACCUGUUAAUGUUACAUGAAUUUUUAAUCUUUUAGUUUAUUUGGAAGCUUUCCGCAGAUAGUAAAUAAAAAUGUUAUAAAUUGUAUGUAAAUUGGUUAUUAGGUGGUUAUCGCUUUCUUUAUAUACUUUACAGUCUACUGUUGCAGUUAGGAAAACAUGCAAGUAACCAAGUAACAUUUGACUGAAUAACCGAUAACCGUGUCUGUAAUAAAAUUAAAUAUUAUAGCACCGUAGAGCCGUAACGCCGUCGAUGCAUAGUCGUUUUGUAAGCGAUGCAUAGCUGUGGCGAAGGCAUUUAUAUUGAGUGCCUGUUAAGUAAACAACAUGAAGUAUAUGUAGGGCAUAAACGGCUAUUACUUUUAUCAAUUGUGUUAGUUUUCUUUUAUGACUCAUAUCGUCUUCAGUGUUCUUUUAUAGACGUGAUAAUACAUUGUUAUAUACAAAG